UUUAUUUAGUUUAAAAAUAUGAUAGAGGAAAGUUAUUUGUUUUGUUAAUAAAGAAUAUCAAACCGAAAUAUACUUCACUUUUGAUGGCUUUUUCAAUUUUAACAAAGAGCAGUUUUGUAAUAAAUUAUGGCUAUCAAUAAUCUGACUUAUACUGAGAAUUCACGUGAAAAUAAUAUCUCAUCAAUUAUUAGUUUUAGAUCAACUCCUCUUCUUAGGGGAUCCCAUUUUCGUUCAGCUUCUUGGUCACAUCAAAAUAUAAGUACUGUUCCAAGAUCAGCAAUGGAAACUAUCUUUUCCCCUAUGCGAGUUAUUCAACAGUUUCAAGCCAGUACAGCAGUUACAAACUCUAAUAGAGGAGGGGUUUCUCAAGCUGUAAAUUCAAAUCAUAUGCGAACAAGAAGCGAAGCUGGGAUGCUUACCAGGAAUUCAAGUUCUGUUGAAAUUGAUAUUGGUGGUGAUUUACCUGAUCAACCCUCAGACUCUACAACAAAUAGAACUCAGGAUCAUAUGGAGUUUUUAGGAACUAUUUCUUGGUUGGAAAAAGCGUUACCUUUUUGUUUGUUAGUUCUUAGUCGAAUUAUGUGGGAUCAUAGAUUAGGUAUUUUGGUUUUAGUUGGGCUUUUUGGAACUUUCUUACAUGUCAAUAACUCAAUAAAAAAUCAAGUUGGACUAAAAGAGAAGCGCUUGAAUCAUGUUUGCCUUGGUAUAUUCCUUUUCUUAGUUAUGAAUAUUUUCUUCAUAUAUUUUGUAUUCAGUGCACAACAUCUUGAGAACUGUUUGCUUCUUAAAAAAGCAAGUUUUACAAAGCUUGACUUGUGGACAGUUUUAUGGGCAGUUGGAAUAACAGAUUUUGUUGUGAGAUUUGCAACCAUGGCUUUAAAAUGUAUUUUGAUUGUUACUCCGCGAAGGAUUGUUCAUUUUCGAAUGCGUGGAAAAUAUUUUUUAAUUAUUGAGAAUAUAUCUCAAUUAUACAGAACUCUUCUUCCUUCACCUCAUUGGUAUGCAUUUUUUACUGAUUACAAUGCUGGAGGGGAAUACUUUGCUGUUAUAUCAACAAUUCUUUAUAUUCUACUUAAGCUACGUAUGUUGUUUGUUAAAGGUAAAGAAGUGCUUGAUUCACUCAGGUGUUUCUGGAAAGAUACACGUUACGGUAAAACUCCAUCCAAAGAGCAACUCAUUGAAUUCGGUGAUUCUUGCCCUAUAUGUCAAGAAGAAAUGGAUGAUCCCAUUGAACUAAAUUCCUGUAAACAUAUAUUUUGUGAAGAUUGCAUUGUAAUGUGGUUUGAUCGCGAAAGAACAUGUCCAAUGUGUCGCGCAAAAGUUGCAGAUGAUCCUUUAUGGAGAGACGGAAGCACCCAGGCAUUUGUUCAGGUUUUUUAAUUAUGAGCUUGUUAGAGCUAAUGAUUUGAUGGAGCUAAUAACUUCAAAUGAUUUAUUACAAUAAGCAAUUAUAGUAUAAAAUAACCUCUAUACAUAUUAAACUAGUUACAAAUAGAUUCAAAUAUAUCUUUUUUUAUAAUACUUUGUUUCAAUAUUAUAUGCUUCUGAAGCAUUAUAUCUGAUGUUGUCACUUUUUUUUUUAACAAGUGAAGUUUAUAAAAAAAUCUCAAUGUAAUUGUAACUCUAUG